CCUUCUCUCCGCGUGAUGUCGUCACGUGACGCUUUGACGCUUCGUGUUUCAAGUUGUGAGAAGUUUCUAUCCGUGUGACAUUCUCCCUUCUAAGUUUGCUGAGGCCAUGGCAGAAUUAAGUUUUGUCAUCGCUAUGUCCGCAAUGACCCUGUUUUGGGGCGUAGUGGGAGGAGUGGUGCCCUGGUUUAUCCCCAAAGGACCAAACAGAGGAGUGAUUAUCACGAUGCUGGUAUUGACUUCAAUUUGCUGCUACUUGUUUUGGUUGAUAGCCUUUCUGGCCCAGCUGAACCCGCUGUUUGGGCCGUCUCUAUCCACUGAUGCCAUUUGGUACCUCAACUACCACUGGUCGUAAGUGCUCAGAGUAUGGUCUCAGGAGACGGUCGUGCAACAUGAGGGACCACUUAUCACUUCGUGCUGCAGUCCAGUUUUGAAAAGCCUUUAACUCGCAUCCUUGUGGUUUUACAAACUGACGCCACAUCUGUGCCUUGUACAAUUACAAGCUCCAAAGGACUUUUCUUAAAAGAGUGUGUUUUGAUGUUGAAAUAAACCUUAAUAUAAAAAGUUA